AUGUGCAAGGUGGAAGCUCAUUUGAAAUUAAAAGAGAACGCGAAACCGAUAUUCAUUAAAAGUCGAACUGUGCCUUUUAAAUUAAAAGAAAAAGUUGAAGUUGAAUUAGAAAAUAUGGUAAAAGCGGGAAUAUUAGAAAAAAUAGAGUCUUCAAAAUGGGCUACACCAAUAGUACCAGUAUUGAAAAAGAAUGGCCAAAUUCGAAUUUGUGGGGAUUUUAGUGUAACGGUUAAUCCGUUGUUAGUUGUAGAUGAGCACCCCUUGCCCACAAUUGAUGAGCUUUUCGCGUCUAUGGCUGGAGGUAGAAUAUUUUCAAAAAUAGAUUUAAAGCAAGCCUAUUUACAACUACCUUUAGCGGAACAAGAUAGAGAGAUUUUGACAUUAAAUACGCAUAAAGGUUUAUACAAGUGUAAUCGGUUGAUGUACGGGAUAGCGUCGGCACCGGCUAUAUGGCAACGGAUAAUCGAGAACAUUCUAAAUGGAAUUCCUGGGGUUGCAGUAUUCUUAGAUGAUAUACGAGUGUCAGGAAAAAAUUUAGAUGAACACAUGAAACGUUUAGAUUUAGUUUUCGGUAGAUUAUCGAAAUAUAAUUUGCGAAUUAACAGAGAUAAAUGUGAAUUUCUUAAAGAAAGCAUUACUUAUUGCGGAUACGAAAUCGGUAAAAGGGGGAUUUCGAAAGAGAAACACAAAAUGGAAGCAGUACGUAAGAUGCCGAGACCAAAUAAUAUCACAGAAUUAAGAGCAUUUAUAGGAUUAAUAAAUUAUUAUGGUCGGUUUAUCGAAAAUUUAAGUGAUGUACUGCGUCCAUUGAACAAUUUACUUAAAAAGGAUGUUCCUUUUGAAUGGACUAAAGAUUGUGAAAUCGCGUUUGAGCGAGCAAAAGAAGAAUUUCAAAGUAAUAAAAUAUUAGUACCGUUUGAUUCUAAGUUGCCUUUAGUUUUAGCUACCGACGCUAGUCCGUAUGGUGUAGGAGCAGUAUUAUCACAUACAUAUCCGGACGGAAGUGAAAGAAUUAUUCAGUGUGCUUCAAAUUCGUUAACCGAAACACAAAAGAAAUAUGCCCAAAUAGAUAAGGAGGCGUAUGCUAUUAUUUUUGGCAUUAAAAAGUUCCAUCAAUUUUUGUAUGGAAACCGCUUUACGUUACUCACAGACCAUAAGCCUCUAGCGCAAAUCUUCAAUCCUCAAAAAGGCUUACCAGCUUAUAGCGCAAUGCGAAUUCAGCAUUAUGCGAUAUUUUUGCAAGCAUUUAAUUUUUCGAUUAAAUAUAGAAAAUCUAGCGAACAUUGUAACGCAGAUGGUUUCUCGCGACUACCUAUACAAGAGAAACGGUUAGGAGAAUGCGAUCCUAUUGAUGUAUUUUUAAUGGAGAAUUUAGAAUCGUUACCAGUCACAGCAAAUGAAAUUUAUAAAAAAACGAGAGAAGAUGGAGCACUAGCAAAAAUAGUAGAAGCCUUAGAAAAAGGAAAGAGCCUGGUGCCUUUGGGCUACCAAGAUAACGAAUUUUCAUUACAAAAAGGUAUAAUCUUUAGAAAGGAAAGAGUUGUAAUUCCAAAAGUAUUAACAAAUAGAAUUUUAAAAGAAUUACAUGCAGGACACUUUGGUUGCGUUAAAAUGAAAAAUCUAAGUAGAAAUUUUUGCUGGUGGUCAGGAAUAGACAAAGAUAUAGAAAGUCUAACUAAAAACUGUAGUGCAUGCAAUACUUUCAGUAAUAAUCAGAAAAACGUUAAAAUUAAGCAUCGUUGGGAACCGGCAACCGAGCCGUUCCAACGCGUACACAUGGAUUUUGCGGGACCUUUUAUGGGACACCAUUUUUUAGUUUUGGUUGAUGCUUGUACCCGAUGGCCUGAAGUGCAUCUUAUGGGAAGUAUUGAUUCAGGAAAGACCAUUGAAAAGUGCCGUGAAAUUUUUGCUACGUUCGGAUUGCCACAAGAGUUGGUAACGGAUAAUGGCCGAACUUUUAUCUCUAAAGAGUUUCAAUUAUUUUUAAAACAAAACGGCAUUUUCCAUAAGUGCACAGCGCCAUACAAUCCAGCUACAAAUGGACUAGCGGAGCGUUUCGUUCAAACACUCAAACAAGGCUUACGGAAAUUAGGAACUACAAAUAAAAAUAUUAAAUUAAAUUUACAUAAGCUUCUAUUUCAUUAUCGGUUAUUGCCGCAUCAGGAAUCUGGGAAAUCGCCAGCGGAAUUAAUGUUUGGAAGAAAUUUAAAUAGUGCGACAAUUGCCGAUAGUACUCAGAUGCAAGCGUUGGACUAUGGCAGUCCGAUCUUAAAUGCGAAUUUAGAAUGUAAGAAUGCGAACGAAUCAUGUGAGAAAUCGCCCACAUCGGAUAGAGAGAGACCGCUAAAUAUAUCUCCGGAAGAUACUGAACAGCAAGUUCAGGAGAUACCUUCCGAAUCCGAGGACGGGGGGGGGGGCGCCAGAUCAGGUCACUGUCUACACUGA